AUCACCCAGGAUGCACCUGUCCAACUAAACUGAGAAAAGCCAUUUUGUUGCGUUAGCUGUGGCUAAUGUGUGGUUAAAGUGAUGUCAGUGUUUUUGUUUAGUGUCGCAAAAUUAAACAUUUUAAUUGUUAAUACUUGUUUAUAGUCGAGAGUCGCAUGGGCCGCAGACAACGAUACGCUGAACCAAAGACGACGGAUUGUUUGGAAAGCAGCUCUCACCGCAGAGAGGCGAUUGAACAAUCUUGUGCAGAACAUCGAACCAUAACAGCGUUGAGUAAGAAUUAAUCUGAUAAUGGCAGAGGAUACGCGACAGGACAGGAGAGCCAGCUUCUCUGCUCUGACAGAGCACACCAACGGGGUGGCCAGGACCUCCGCUAUGGCAUCAGGCAAAACUGGCUCUUCAAAGAAAUUAGUCAUCAAAAAUUUCAAAGACAGGCCAAAACUAGCUGAGAACUACACAGAGGACACUUGGCUGAAGCUACGAGAUGCAGUAGGUGCCAUCCAGAACAGCACGUCCAUAAAGUACAAUCUGGAAGAACUCUAUCAGGCAGUGGAGAACUUGUGCUCAUAUAAAGUCUCCCCCAGGCUCUACAAGCAACUGAGGCAAGUCUGUGAAGACCAUGUCCAGGCCCAAAUUCACCAGUUUAGAGAAGAGUCAUUGGAUAACCUUUCCUUCCUGAAGCGGAUUAAUCGCUGCUGGCAGGACCACUGCAGGCAAACUAUAAUGAUCCGUAGUAUCUUUCUGUUCCUGGAUCGAACUUAUGUACUUCAGAACUCCCUCCUGCCUUCAAUCUGGGAUACCGGCUUGGAGCUGUUUCGUACCCACAUUGUGAGUGACAGUGCAGUUCAAAAGCGUACUGUGGAUGGCAUUUUGGAGCAGAUAGAACUUGAGCGGCAUGGAGAGACUGUAGAUCGCAGCCUUCUCAGAAGCCUCCUGGGCAUGCUUUCAGACCUGCAGGUCUACAAAGAUUCCUUUGAGGAGCGAUUUUUGAAUGAAACCAAUCGUCUGUAUGCAGCAGAGGGACAGAGGCUGAUGCAAGAGAGAGAUGUGCCUGAGUAUCUGCAUCAUGUAGCUCGUCGCUUGGAUGAGGAGAAUGAUCGUAUCAUGAGCUACCUCGACCAGAGCACUCAGAAGCCACUUAUUACUUGUGUUGAGAAACAACUUUUAGGAGAACAUAUGACAGCAAUUCUACAAAAAGGUCUGAGCACCCUGCUGGAUGAGAACCGUGUGACUGAGCUGACUCUGCUUUACCAGCUCUUCAGUAAGGUGAAGGGAGGGCUCACGACAUUGCUGCAGUUCUGGAAGGAUUACAUCAAGUGCUUUGGUGGAGAGAUUGUAUGUACACCAGAGAAAGACAAGGAUAUGGUGCAAGACCUGCUUGACUUCAAGGACAAGAUGGAUAAUGUGGCUCAGAGCUGUUUUGCAAGAAAUGAGGCCUUCAUUAAUGCCAUGAAGGAAGCUUUUGAGACCUUCAUCAACAAGAGGCCCAACAAACCUGCUGAACUUAUUGCUAAAUAUGUUGACUCUAAGUUAAGAGCAGGUAACAAAGAAGCCACAGAAGAGGAGCUGGAAAGAAUUUUGGACAAGAUAAUGAUAAUAUUCCGUUUCAUACAUGGAAAAGAUGUGUUUGAAGCUUUUUAUAAGAAGGACUUGGCCAAACGCCUACUGGUUGGCAAGAGUGCUUCUGUUGAUGCUGAGAAGUCUAUGCUCUCGAAGCUCAAACAUGAAUGCGGAGCAGCAUUUACUAGUAAGCUGGAAGGUAUGUUUAAGGACAUGGAACUGUCCAAAGACAUCAUGGUCCAGUUCAAACAGUACAUACAGAACCAGAGUGAAGCCUGUAACAUUGAGCUGACUGUAAACAUUCUUACUAUGGGUUAUUGGCCUUCAUACACACCCAUGGAAGUCCAUCUGCCCUCAGAGAUGGUGAAACUGCAGGAGGUGUUUAAGUUGUUCUACCUGGGGAAGCACAGUGGAAGGAAGCUGCAGUGGCAGGCCACUCUGGGUCACGCUGUCCUCAAGGCGGAGUUCAAAGAGGGGAAGAAGGAGGUGCAGGUUUCUCUUUUCCAGACACUGGUGUUGCUGAUGUUCAAUGAGGGAGAGGAAUUCAGCAUGGAGGAGAUCCUCACCGCCACGGGCAUUGAGGAGGGUGAGCUCAGGCGUACGCUGCAGUCCCUGGCCUGUGGAAAAGCACGUGUCCUCAACAAACAUCCUCGGGGGAAAGAUGUGGAGGAUGGAGAUCGUUUCACUUUCAACAAUGAUUUCAAGCACAAAUUGUUCCGCAUCAAAAUCAAUCAAAUCCAAAUGAAGGAAACGGUGGAGGAGCAGGUAAGCACCACUGAGCGGGUCUUCCAGGAUAGACAGUAUCAGAUCGAUGCAGCUGUGGUGCGCAUCAUGAAGAUGAGGAAAACCCUCGGUCACAACCUCCUGGUGUCGGAACUCUACAACCAGCUGAAGUUCCCGGUCAAGCCAGGUGACCUAAAGAAGCGGAUCGAGUCCCUCAUUGAUAGAGACUACAUGGAACGUGACAAAGAGACUCCUAACCAGUACCACUAUGUUGCCUGAGGGGUGUGCUGCUGUCGUUGCCUCACUUUCCUCACAGCAAGUAUGCGGCUGGACCCUCUGAUACAGCACACAGCCUUUAAGCCACCUGGCUCUCUGGUGCCCGACUUUUCCUCCGUCCACUGUUGUGAAGUGGGCUUCCGGAUCACACAGUGCUGGAGAGCAACAAGAGACUUGGCCGAGCAGGACCCGCGUGAGGCGGAACAGGAGGAGGCCGGUUUUUGUUUGGUUGGUUUAUGUAACUUGCAGAAUUCACCACAAAAAUACUUAGCACUUUCUUGUUUUUCUUUUCAUUGGGGUUGUUUUCUUUUUGUUUUAAUUCCCCCCCAUGUAUUUUGUAUGUUGGCUGUUUUAUUGUUUUAGUUUUAUUGUUUUUAAGGAGUUGCUAGUAGUGGCUGCUUGCAGGACAGGAUGCAAACCCGGCUGCCUUUGCAGAGCAGCAGCUGUGUUCUGGAGCUGGCUGAAACAGGCCAGAGCGGUUUGUUCCGUAAGAGGAUUAACCCUUUGUAACGAUGUGCAGAUGAGACACUUAGGAUUUCUUUAGCUUUCUCAUAUGUUUUGACCAAAAUGUUCAUGUCCAGUGCUGUGUGCAGAUGUUUUUGUAGAUCUGAUUUUGUUGGAUGUCUGAGUGUGGAAAGUGAAUUUGUUUGUUUUUUUUGUUGUUUUUUUUGAAUAAAUGGAUAUUUAAUGAU